CAGGAACAUGCACGGCGGCUGUAUGUCUACUGCCGUUGAACCUCUCCCUCCCCUAACGACUGUACUCCCACCACUGAGAAAACUACCCCCACCAUUACCACUAUCGGCACUAACCCAUCAGAAGAUUUGCUUGUUCCACUGGCACUAUGCUUCGACUGGUCUUGCCGACGAAUCCAAGAUUGAGUGGACCAGUAUCCUCCAUCAGUGUCCGGAAAAUCCAAAGCGCUGUUGCAACGUGCUUGGGAGCGACGGCUGGCGUCCACUGGCAUUCACAGGCGUCAGCCAAGGCUGUAGGAUCAAGAGUUCACUGAUAUGUUGACACAAAACCGACGGCUAGGCACUUUGAAUAAAGAGAGUAAGGAAGGAACGUUAUACUAAAAAGUAAGGAGUGGGGGCGUUACGGAAAUGCGUUAUGGCACGUCAUAAAUGGAGCUAAGAUGUCUGCCAAAACGUCCUCAAGAGAACAAGAGCAGCGCCUCUAUGUAUUUUAAAAUCAAAACAAUUCAUCGUUGCUAUUGUGUUUCAGUUACGUGUUAAAGAAAGAAGUGUCAGUACGUGUAUUUAAAAAAAUGCAAGAAUGGUGAGCUGCUGCGUUUGCGGUUUCUCGAAAAGGGAAGGUUAUGGAAAAUAUUCAAUUAGUUGCCACACGUUCGAAUAUUUUCUCAUAAACUACAGUUCAUUUUAAAAUUCAUUCGGGUAUAUGUUUCUGUUGAAUAUGGUUUACUAUAAUUAUAAUUUGUUCCUAUUGUAAGGUAGGGGGAGCCACUGUAUGAGUAAGGGUCAAUGUUUCUUACUUCGGUGUAUACGUCCCUCCCUUGGUUAUAGCUAACAAUAAACGAACGUGUGUGAUAGAAAUUUUUUUUUAUCGUCGUUUAUUAUAGUCAUCCUAACACUAUAAA